AUGGAUCGGAUGGGAAAGACCCAGCAGUUCAAGGUAGAUAUGCUGCUCCCAGACAAUACCGCACAGCUAAUUAAUAUGUUCGCAGCGAAACAUCCAGUCUUUUGCCGCCCUCAGUUUUUCGGCCGUAUUGCAGUCUACGUGGGAGUACAUCAUGCUGAUCUAAACAUUAGCAGGUCGGACUAUGAAGGGUUGCAAGAUGGUGGAUUGGCAGGUAUGCUGUGGACCUAUGUCUGGAGCGCCAUUGGAUUUGGGUUCAUCAUCGUCUCUAUCUCUGAGAUGGCCUCGAUGGCGCCUACUUCUGGAGGCCAGUACCAUUGGGUCUCCGAGUUUGCAUCUCCCCGCUACCAGAAAUUCCUUAGCUACGUGACUGGCUGGAUGUCUGUUUUGGCGUGGCAGGCAGGAACCGCAUCGGGCUCAUUCUUGACUGGAACCAUCAUCCAGGGCCUGAUUAGCGUCCGCGACCCCAACUACGACCCCACUGGAUGGCAAGGCACAUUGUUUGUGUUUGCGAUGAUUCUCAUUGCGUUCUUCUUCAACAUAUACGGUGCGGGAUUCAUGGCCCGUAUGCAAAAUGUGCUUCUGGCAACUCACGUCCUCUGCUGGCUGGUUGUUGUGGUGACACUUUGGGUUCUGGCCCCGCUACAGCCUGCUGAAGCAGUGUUCACGAAGUUUGAGAACUUCGGUGGAUGGUCAUCCAUGGGUCUAACUGUGAUGGUGGGCCAGCUUGCGGCCAUCUAUGGCUGUCUCAGUUGUGAUGCAACGGCGCACAUGUCAGAGGAAAUCAAAGAUGCAGGCCGUUACGUGCCUAUUGCCAUCACCUGGUCUUAUUUCGCCAACGCUAUCUUAGCACUAGUCGUGCUCAUCACAAUGCUCUUCGCAACACCAUCAGUUGAAGACUCACUCAACGAUGACACCGGCUUUCCCUUCAUCUACGUUUUCAAACAAGCGACCAACACAGCAGGCGUCAACGGUCUAACAGCCAUUAUCCUCAUUCCCGUGAUAAUAAGCAACAUACUCUUCAACGCCUCCACUGCACGACAAACAUUCUCCUUCGCUCGCGAUCGCGGGCUCCCAUUCUCCAACUGGAUCGCCAAAGUCGACGAAAAGCGCAAGUUACCAGUCAACUCCAUCAUCCUCAGCUGCAUCAUCAGCGCCCUACUAUCCCUUAUCAACAUCGGGUCCGAGACCGCCUUCAACGCCAUUGUCUCCCUCAACGUAGCGGCCCUCAUGUUCUCCUACUCCAUCUCCAUGAGCUGUCUGAUCUGGCGAAAGAUCUUCCACCCGCAUACUCUGCCCCCUGCUCGCUGGGGGCUAGGACGCUAUGGUCUGGCGGUAAAUAUCAUUGGCUGGUUGUACGUACUGUUUGCCCUGUUUUGGUCGUUCUGGCCGGAGUCGACACCCGUCACGACUGAGACGUUUAACUGGAAUGUGGUGAUUUUCGUGGCGGUAUUUUUGGUGAGUUUGGUUAUGUAUGUGGUUCAGGGGAGACACCACUACGAUGGGCCGGUGACGGAGGUGAAGAGAUGUGAGGAAUUGUAG